CUCGAUUUCUCACUAGAAAAACCUUUAACUUCGUAAAAGAAAAGGUAUUCAAAAAGGCUGGUGGUGGAAGAAAUGGCACAAGCUAUGGCAUCAAUGGCAGGUCUAUGUGGUUCCUCUCAGGCUGUUUUGGAAGGUAGCCUUCAAAUUAGUGGCUCAACCCGCUUGAGUGUGGCUGGCAGCAGCAGGCCCUCCGUCCCCCGGUCUGGGUUGAUGAUCAGAGCCCAGCAAGUUUCUGCUGAGCCUGAGACCAGCCGCAGGGCUGUUCUUGGCUUGGUCGCCGCCGGUCUCGCUUCCAGCUCUUUCGUUCAAGCUGUUCUCGCUGAGGCUAAGCCCAUCAAAGUCGGUCCUCCACCACCUCCCUCCGGUGGACUCCCUGGGACUCUGAACUCGGACCAGCCAAGGGACUUGGACCUGCCAUUGAAAGAGAGGUUCUUCCUGCAACCACAAAGUCCAGAGAUGGCUGUGGCGAGGGCAAAAGAAUCAGCCAAGGACAUUAUCAAUGUAAAGGGGCAGAUAGAGAAGAAGGCUUGGCCAUUUGUCCGUGAUGACCUUCGUCUUAAGGCAGAGUACCUUCGUUAUGAUCUCAAGACAAUCAUUUCAGCCAAGCCUAAGGAAGAGAAGCAGGCCCUUAAGGACCUCACAGGAAAGCUCUUCCAAGACAUCAACAACUUGGAUUAUGCAGCAAAGAUUAAGAGCAGCUCAGAAGCAGAGAAGUAUUAUGCUCAGACUGUGUCAACCCUCAACGAUGUCCUCUCCAAGAUUGGUUAGAAGAAGAACGUUUUCUGUUAAUGUGAUGUAAAAUUAUUUGUGAAGAUAAUGCGAGAUUCUCCAAUUUGAACCAAUGUUAUAUCCACGGAAUUUGGUUUCAUCCCUCAA